ACGGCGUUCAUCGUGCUGGCGGGCGUGUGCGCAUGCCUCUACUUCCUCUUCCUCACCUUCAUGGUCUACCAAGUGUUCCGCAAACAUCGGCGGCAAACGUUCCUUCCUGCCCCCAUGUCUCGCGUGCGACGGCUGCAUUAUGAGGGUUUGAUCUUCCGGUUCAAGUUCCUGAUGCUGACCACCUUGGGUUGUGCUGCUCUCACGGUCAUCUUCUUCAUCAUCAGCCAGGUGAACGAGGGUCACUGGAAGUGGGGCGACCGCACGGUGCACGUGAACGCGGCGUUCUUCACGGGCGUGUACGGCAUGUGGAACAUGUACGUCUUCUCCGUCAUGUUCCUCUACGCGCCCUCGCACAAGCGCUACGGGGACACCGACCGCUCCGAAGGUGACAUCGCCCUGGCCCACGGGGAGGAGCUGACCACGGCGACGACGGCGUUGGCAGGAGGCUCGAACACGGCACCCACCGAGGUCUACCGCCUCGCCGGCAAGGAGGCGCAGGAGUGAUGCUGGCGUUGCCACGGCGACGACGACACGGCGACGGACACGGCGAUGUUACGGUGUCGUCACGGCAACGACGUGGCAACGACGACACGUUGACGACACGGUGACGACACGGAAGCGGACACUGCCCCCUGUUGCCGGCGGCACUAGUCAGGCACAAAUCUGCUUCGCUUCUGAGGUCUGACAGGAAAAAUUUGACGGGUCAUUGCAGGUGAUAUUGAAACGGGCUCAUGUGUUAUUCACCGCUUCCUAAAUUCGUAAACGCUAAAAAAAACGGAUGUGAAAAUAAGCACAGUUUUUUUGGCGGGUUACAUUAUUUUAUCAUGUUUUGUCCACCAAUUUUUAAUUUGUGAACCCCCUUUUUUCGGCGUGCAUACAGAUAACUGAUUGGAGAAUAGAGGCAAAUCGGACACCUGGUUUGUCUCUUGCAGAAUUGGUAGCCUGGUCUCUGUGCAUUGGCUGACACACAAAUUUCCUGCUUCUAAUUGUUUCGUAGAAUCACUUUUCAAUUGUCUUACAAAUCAAAGUCAUUGACGUGCCGAGUGAGAGUUGCCAAUCCGAUUACGCGCCAGACAAACGAACAACGCCGGAUUACGGUCGCCUGUCUUCUGUUAACCGGACUACAAUCGCGAGUUACCUCCCCGUUCCGUGCGCGGUGCUUUGGCGACGGCGAUGGCGACGGAACGCCGCAGCAAACGACAAGGACGCUGCUCUGCACGCGCCACGCCGGUUCCAUAGAACGCAGCUUGCGGAACGCUCCAAUUUUACUCCACACUCGAACAAGACGCGGCGAGCACACGUCGAACGCCGCGCUAGUAGUAGUAGAUGCCUUCGUAACAGGCUCCGCGUUCAGACAAAAAAACGCAAAGUGAAAACGGUUCAGUAAUGUAACGAUGAAGUGUGGCGAGGUACGGUGUACGACGACUACUACUACUACCACACGCACCGCGCGGUGAGAUGGCAGGACGAAUAACUGAGGGUACGCCGCCACCGCCGCCACGUUACUGUUAAUUCCGCACACUGUAUUACUGCACCGCUCACCGCUCAGCUGACGACACGGUAGCGACGUGUAAUAACGGCGUGCGCGCGCUCCGCUUUGUAACCGACAAUUGGUCCCCGAUGGAAUUAACCGCGUCACAGCGAAAACGCGUGAUGGUGUGAACACGCGUUAAGUGAGGACUUAACGUAUGCUACAAUACUGGCGGAAUGAAAUUCUGGUCGAGUACACGCGUAAACUAAGUGGACAAAGCCGGGUUUUUUUUUUUAAAUGCGCCACGCUCAAAAUACUCCUCUUACUCGUCACGCCUUAGUAAAACUACUAUACGCAGCAUGUUUAUGUAAUACUAACCACGUGAAGCGAAUACACCGCAGACAUGUUGCUAUGCACAGCACACUGAUAGAACACUACGAUGAUGAUGCUCAUAUACCAAGUUGGUGACCACUUGUAUAUGCCACGAAAAUAUAACACUCCUAUGAGAUCACUACAAUGCACAAUGGAACGCGACUGUACACACUGCUACGCCGUGCUCGCAGGAAUUGCUCCACACCAUCGCGCCGUUGCGCGCCACCAUCAUUUGCCGCCGUAGAAAAUAACUGAAGCAACCGCGCACACACCGCUUUGGGAACCGCUACGUAACGCGCGCGACACUGCGUACAUCGUACAAGUCGACUUUGGAUACACCUUGCUCCAACUUCACUGUGCACAACUAAAACACACAUCACGAUAAUGGAUCGCACCCCCACCACACCCGCUGAAGUUUCACGCGCUUCACGCUAUAAGAGAGCGUACUGCGCGCUCGACCCUAGCUUACCCAGUCAAGCAAACUACGAAUGCAACGAUGUAGCCCCGUCCGCGGUUCGAUCGUCACGUUUUUGGAUCUCAAACCAAUAUUUUUUAUUUUUCGCCGUCGCCUAACUUGGGCAACCUGUCGCGGUACUAAAUCUACGGACGCUAAAGUGGCGUGAACGAUAAGAUGUAUCUUGUCGUAUAUUGACACACGAAUCUAUAGGUCGGCGGUGGGAAAACGUUUUCCUUAUCAAGGGCCAAAUUGGACUUUCGGAUACCUUCGGCAGGGGCCGCCGCACGUCCUUGGCGUUAUCCGACAGUAAUGCGAGGAAUAAGCGGAGGGACCCCACCUUUACCACACCAACGUGCGAUGCCUUGCGACCGCUUUGCCUCUUGCUAGCGACGACAGUGUCGGGUCGAAAGUUCCGAAUGAGACGGGACGGAUGAAAGUCGUUUUCCCGGGCCUGGUGUGCCCAGGAUUGUCCUUUUCUUUUCGAGGCGGCUAAUAUCUGCAAGUCUUCCCCCGGGAUGUUAAAAAGUCACCCGUGGUUGUUUUGUCGUUUGCGCAAAAUGAUAUGCCACUCAACGCGUUUACAAUGCAGUUUCCCCCCUCUUCCAGGAUCGUGGCAUAUUUUUAUCCCCGUGACGCGCGCCCCAGUUUUUGUACCUCUGUAGGGUGGCAGCCCCGAAGUUGUUGGUAGGCCUCGAGUGGCCGCAGACUGUGAGAAAUCAAGUCGCGGAUUGUAGGUUGGACUUCAUAGUGGCGCGAACUUGCGCAAAUCGCAAACACUUUUUCCCCUCUUACGCACACCGCGGACAACUUGAAUCGUGACGUGUUAAAGCAAACGGGGUCCACGCCUGAGCCGUCUGCCGUGCAACUUUGUUGCAUGCAACGUAAUCCCUUGCGCGUGGACAUCAUUGGGCGCCACGUUGGCGAGAUGUUCACUACCUUGCCUUGUAUACAGGAGGUGCUGGGUUCGAUCCCGACCCUGACGCCUGCUGUAUAUUUGGGAGUUUCCGUGUUCUCCCCGUGGUCGUGUGGAUUUUUCUCCGGGUCCUCCGGUUUUUCCCCGUCACAUUCAGAAACCGCCAUAAAUUUCCACACAACGAUAAGCCGUUUCGCCGAGCUAUCGUUCGCGACAGCGAGGCCUUACCUGGUAAAAUAAAAAAUAGUUCAUCGUUAUUAAAAUUAUCUCUACUUUAAAUCGAUCAGCUCAGCGAUUCAAAGCGCUGUAUUUCAUCACGCUUAGCAUGACUUUGGCAAGCAAUGUUAUCCACAAAAUGUUUUUUUCGUGUUAGAUCUUCGCAAAUAUAAAUGCGUCGUUUAAACCCGCCACGACCCGACACGGCCAAUUCGCAAACAAAACUGGUGACGAAUUGCCACGUUCUUUUUUACGUGACGGACCUUACUACUAAUUGGCUGUGUCGGGUGGUGGCGGUUUUCACGACACAUUUAUAUCUAUACGCGCGAUCUAACCCCCCAAAAAAACCUCUCGUAGUAUUUCAUCACGUUGACAUGUUUUUUGGCACAACUAUUUGCUCAGAUGCGGACAAAGCAGUCGCGGGCGACGAUUAAGUUUGCCGCGAAUUCGAAAGCCGUUUGGUCGCAGCAGCUGAUCCGCUCGGGUGUGGGGAACCCGGCUUUAAGAUUCGAUUUUAAGUUGCCAAAUCGCUACGUGUCCAUCAUCUUCGUCGUCGCUUCCACACACGGCACAACAUCGAGUUCACAUUUCACAGCGGAAGUGGGGAAUAUUUAUACUUUGGUUGGAGUGGAACAGCAGUAGUUUUUAGGUCGAUUUGUCUUCUUUUGCCUCAAGUAAGCAGGAUGCGGUUGCCUUAAUGCGCGUAAGUAGCGUUGUACGUACUCGCGGAACAUUUCUGUCUUGUACUACAUACGAUAGUUUUUUUUUAGUUUUUUUAGUGCAUCAAGGAGCAUCGUGUUGGUACAUCGGUUACUACCCCUGAGGUAGCAUUAAAUAUAUAUCAUUUUUUAUAUAACGGUAGAACAUUAGCUUUUGUAGCUCGCGUAAAUUAAUACAUUUACGUCCGUUACGAUGACAUAAAGGUAGUUUGCCGUUUCGAUUUUUUUUACACGUAGAGCAUCACGUUAGCAGCGUGCUUAGUGAGCGAAGGGGGCGAGGGUGUUCGUCGCGAACCGUAACACACAAAACAAAAACAAGCUAACUACCCUAAGUGCCUUGCGUUGUUUUCCAGAAGUGUUCCCUCCCCCCACGACCCCUCGGAUCGAAAGCCGUCACAUGGACCUCGCGUCACGUGGCGAAGCUAUGCUCCCCCCCUCUCCUCUCUCUCGCGGUGCAGUGUCACCACGGACGUGGCCCGCUCGACUCAUGUUGCAACCCAAGUAUCGUUGCGGACGGGCACGCGAUGCAAACACGCGCGCGGUCAAUCUCCGCUGCUGGAUGAUGAGGCCCCCUUACCACUUUCGUGCGGUUUAUUUGACCGCACAUUGCCGAGGCGUUUGCCCAGUGCCAUAACCUCCCCCCCCCCCCCCCCCCCCCGUUGCUGUUACCCUAUGUUUGUAAUCGCCUCCGUUGCCCUCCCACCGCUAACACUGAGAUCUCUUGCCGAGGGUUGACUUGCGGGGGCGGCGGGGGGCGGGGGUUUAUUGACGCGCGAAAGCGAGGCUUUGCGACGGCUUUCCAGCGUAAACGAAAUGUAGUGACAUUAAAGUAUUUUACACAGUCUUCCUCGA